UUCUAAUUUCAUACACAUGACACAUAAGGGCAGUGCCAGCUCUUGAAUUAAACAAAACUUUAUUUUAACUUUUAUAAUUCAACAAAAUGACUUUAUUAUAAAAGAUAAAAAGUACCUAGUCACCGCUAGGCACUAAAUAUGUAUAGUAGUCAUUAAAGAAUCUUUUGCAUAAGGAUAAAAAUAAAUAUGGAGCCCUCUGUAACAUUAGAUACAUCAACUAAGUCAAACAUAAUCCCAGAAAAGAAACAAAACAGCAAUGCAAACUUUAAAAAUGGUGAUAUAAAGAUUCCUUAUGUUAAACUUUACAGACUCAAUAAAAAUGAUUUACAGAAGAUAAAAAAAGACCAAAGAGAUUAUUCUAGUGGCAAUAAAGUGAUCAUAGAAAAGGCACAACCAGUUGUGGUGUUAAAGCGAACCAAAAUAUUUGAAUGCAAGAAAUGUCGUUGUUGUUUUUUAAGGGCCAAAGAUUAUAUAUUUCACAAAUUGAAACAUGCAACACCUAUUGUAUCAGAAUUUACACCUCACGCUAAUAAUGGCUUUAAGACACGCUUUAAAUGUGAAGAAUGCGAUUGGAGAUUCGUUGAAAAAAGCACCCUUGAAGCUCAUAUGGUCGUCCAUAAGCCUUUACCCCACAUCUGUGAUUGUGGUAUUGGGUUCUAUCUAGAAAAAGAUCUAAAAGCUCACAUAGGAAUAUUGCAUCGGGACAAAAAAAGACCGAUGUGGAAAUGUACAAUAAAUUACUCGGGACCGAAGGCGAAAUCGGAUUUUUGCAUGAAGUCUGAAGCUGAUGAUCGAAACACAGUAAUUAAAAACAAUCUUGACAAGAUAAAUAGAGAGUCUAAAUUUAAAAAGAUAAAAAUAGAUACUGUAAAAGAAGUUUCAUAUCAAUGCUCGGCUUGCAAUAAAACCUUUCCCGAUAAAUCUCAUAGAGAUUUGCACUACAAUUCUGUGCAUUUGGGUUUACGACUGUACUCAUGUAAGAUAUGCAAUAAGGCAUACACACAAAUUAGUGCAUUGAACUUGCAUAUGAACAAACAUAAUGGGAUUAAAAAUUUUAAGUGCCAACAUUGCAAUAAAAGAUUUUUAAAUAAAUCAGGUUUGGCCAAACAUGAGAUAAUACACACGGGCGAGAGGCCUUUCGCGUGUGACUACUGUCCAGCGAGGUUCAGCGACCCGUCGGCGUGUCAACGUCACGUCAGAUUACACACCGGUGUUAAACCGUACGGCUGCGAAAAAUGUGAUGCUAGAUUCAGCGAUUCGAGCGCCCUUCGUGGCCACAAAAAGCGCCAGAGUUGUAUUAAAUAUAGUGGGCGUAAGAAGAUGAAAAGCAAAUACGAUAAGAGUGAUUGUAACAAGAUAGAAUGAAGUGAUUGUCAGCAUUAAUAGUGUUCAUGAAAUUGGGGAUAUAUUACUAGCGUCCCGCCCCGGCUUCGCACGGGUGCAAUACUGAUACUAAAUAGCGCCAGGAGGGUCUAAUGGAGGGUCGCCACUCUAGAACCUUUCUUCCCUAUUGGUUCUCGGUUCUUCGAGCUAUGUGACCAGCCCAUUGCCACUUCAGCUUGCUUAUCCUUUCAUUUAUUACAAUUCCAUUUAUUGGCCAAAAAUACGUUAUUGAAGAUUGUCCUCCGGAUUUUCAGUCGACGUAAUUUCGGCAACACCAUAACACAUUUUCUUAUGUGAUACGUCACACUCAACUGAAGGUCUAUGUCAACAGUACUCGUUAAGUUGUUCAUGAGUUUGAAGAUACGUUAAAUAUGCAGCAUACAGCUGCUAAUCUUUAGUCUGUCGCCAUAUUCAGGUGGUCUACCAUGAAAUGAAAUUUCGAAUUUUCGGGCUCAAUUUCGUGUUUUUGUUCGUCCCGAAAUCGACUAAGUAAAUGGAGUUUAACAUUUUUAAUAAUUUUCAAAGACAUGUUUAUGUAUUUUUAACAUCACAUUUCUGUUUCGUUCGUCCCCGAAAUUUCGGAAAAUAUUUCAUGGUAGGCCCCAGAACAUCUUCGGCAACCGAAUAUGUUCUGAAUGUGGUGUUAGCCUAAGUCUAAAAAAAUUCUAAAAAUAUAUUUUCACAAUGUUAAAUAAAAUGUUAUUGAAAUUUUAAAA